AUGAACGAGCCUCUUUUAGCAGGGGUGGCUCCUCUUCCUAUGAAUCAGCCAAAUAUGAUCAAUUAAAACUCGGUAGCUGAGUAGCAGGAUUAAAAUUAACAGAAUAACAAUAACAAUUAGAAUGAAAAUGAAAAUGAAGAUGUUGAGUAGGGAAGAGGAAAUAGUUAAAGAAAUUCUGUAUAAUCAUUUAUCAGAGACUCGCUGAGAUUGUCAUAAAGACAACAAAAUAGAAUUAAUGUGAGAAAUAAUUUUAGAGGUUAAAUAGAAGAAGCAAUUAAUGAGAGUAUAGUAAUUAACGCUCUCUUUUUGUUCAUUUCUGUUAACAAAAUGAUAGCUUAUAUUGUCUUAGGAAAAAACAGCUCUUAAGAAACAUGCAAAGACGGCUAACUAUGUAUUUGGCUCAAAUUAAUGUUCUUACAUGAUGCUCUCUAUAGUAUACAUCUUAUUACCUUGCUUGUAGUUAUUUUCAUUCACAGACAUAGAGGCAUAAUGAGCCGUUGGUAGAAUAUGGAAGGAAUGGAAAAUGAUUAUCAGCAAAUGCAAGAUGCCAACAACUAAGUGUAGCCUAACUUUAACGGAUUUUAUGUUACGGAAUUCAUAACAAAGAAAAAUUGGUUUAACUCCUUCCUCUAAGACUCUACUAAAUUGUUUUAUUUGAUCAUCUUUAUCUAAGGAAACCUUCUAAUUUUUUAUAAUGAAGAAUAGUAUUUAUCUAGUUAUCCUAAUCAUUUUUAUUUAGCUUUAGUUUACGUUAUUAUGGGUUAUUUCUACCUUGGUAUUCCUCUUUUUUUCUUUGCAUCUAUAUGCCUUUGUAUGCCAUUCAUGCUAGUUAUUUAUUUAGUUCUAAGGAGAAGAAGAAAUGGAAUACAAAGAGGCUUAGAUGAAGAUGCAAUAAAUAGUUUGCCAAUAAAAUACCUAAAAGAUGUUGAAAGGAAAGAGGAAGAUGAUACACUCGAAUGUUGUAUUUGUUUAGUAGAAUAUGAAGAAGAAGAAGAAAUAAUUAUAUUACCAUGUAACAAAAACCAUCAUUUCCAUGCUAAAUGCAUCAAACAGUGGGUUAAAAUAAAUGGUGUAUGUCCAAUAUGCAAGAGAGAUUUGAAAGAACUUUUAAUUAGAUUAAAUGAUGUACAUGAUGAAAAUCAACAAGAAGAAAUGUAGGAAAUUCAUUAAAAUUAAAAUAUACAACAGUAGUAACAUGCUCAGAACAAUAACGAUAUUCAUAAUAAUAACAAUAAUAAUCAUAAUAAUCAUAAUCAUGAUAAUAAUAAUAUUUAACAAAAUAUAAUAAAUUAAAAUAAUUAAGAUGAUAAUCAUUAAAAUAGUAAUAAUAAUAAUAACAGCCAUCAUCAUCAUAAUAUAGAAAAUUAAUAUUAACCUCCAUUUAGAAUGUGA